CUUGACGCCGUACAUCAUGGCGGAUUCGAACGAUACACCUGCGCAAGCGACGGUGCCCGGCGAUGGCGAACCAAAGCAGCUAAGCAAGAAGAUGCAGAAGAAGGCAGAGAAGGGCAAGCUGAAGGAAGUGAAGGAAAAGGACCCGAACCGGUGGGCGCCCAAGGAGAAGAAGGCGGAAAAGCCCAAGCCGGUCAAGGAAGUGGCGGUGGAGGAGGUGUAUGUGAAUAUCACCCCUGAAGGACAAAAGAAGGACUUGACGGCUCCUAUGGCGGCGGGAUACCAGCCUGUUGCCGUGGAGUCCGCGUGGCAAGCAUGGUGGGAGAAGGAAGGGUUCUUCAAAUGCGACGACGACAAGAUCAAAACCGCGUCCAAGGACAAGCGCUUCGUCAUGGUCAUUCCUCCCCCAAACGUCACUGGUUCGCUCCAUCUUGGUCAUGCGUUGACCGUGGCCGUGCAAGACACGUUGACUCGAUGGCAUCGUAUGUUGGGGCAUGCCACAUUGUGGGUGCCUGGUACCGAUCAUGCCGGGAUCGCCACCCAGUCGGUGGUGGAAAAGCGUCUGAUGAAAGACGAAGGCAAGUCGCGUCACGACCUCGGCCGAGGCCCGUUCUUGGACCGCGUGUGGGAAUGGAAGAACGACUACGAAACCCGUAUCCACCACCAGUUCCGCAAGGUCGGGUGCAGUGUCGACUGGGACCGCGCGUACUUUUCCAUGGACGACAAGUGCACAAGGGCCACGAUGAAGGCGUUCAACCAACUCUUUGACGAAGGCUUGAUCUACCGCGCCACGCGCAUGAUCAACUGGAGCUGCAAGCUCAAGACGGCGAUUUCCGACAUCGAAGUCGACUACAUUGAGCUGGAAAAGCGCACGAAGCUCGCCGUGCCGGGCCACAACCCCGCCUUCAAAUACGAAUUUGGAGUGCUGACAUCGUUUGGCUACGUUGUCGAAGACUCGACGGAGCAGUUGAUCGUCGCUACCACUCGAUUGGAGACGAUGCUCGGCGACUCUGCCGUCGCGAUUCACCCCAACGACCCUCGGUACACACACUUGCAUGGCAAAUUUGUCGUCCAUCCGUUCAACGGGCGUCGCAUUCCCAUCAUUUUGGACGCCGAGUUGGUCGACAUGGCGUUUGGGACGGGUGCCGUCAAGAUUACGCCUGCCCACGACCCGAACGACUACGAGUGCGGCAAGCGCCACGGCCUCGAGUUCAUCACAGUCAUCGACGACGAUGGCAAGAUCAACCCGAACGGCGGCGAGUUUGCCGGCAUGAUGCGUUAUGAUGCACGUGUCGCGGUCGAGAAGGCGCUCACGGCCAAGGGCUUGUUCCAUGGCAAGGUCGACAACAAGAUGCGCUUGGGGAUCUGCUCGCGAUCGGGCGAUAUUGUCGAGCCGUUGGUCAAACCGCAAUGGUUUGUUAACUGCGAGCAGAUGGCGCAAGACGCGAUGGCCGCUGUGCGGUCGAAGGAGCUCACGAUUCUGCCGGAACACCACGAAAAAACGUGGUUCCGGUGGCUUGAAAACAUUCGCGACUGGUGCAUUUCACGCCAGUUGUGGUGGGGUCACCGCAUCCCGGCGUACUUUGCCACGAUCGAAGGCGAGCCGUUCGUGGACCCGAACGCUGAAACGAACAACCACCGGUGGUUCGCUGGCUUGACGGAAGAAGAUGCGCGCGAGAAGGCCGCCGCCAAGUUGCAGGUCGACCCGUCCAAAGUUCUCCUCAAGCAGGACGAAGACGUGCUUGACACGUGGGUGAGCGCCGGCCUCUUUCCGUUCGCAGUCUUUGGCUGGCCCGACUCGGACGGCGAGUUCAAGGACUUUUACCCGACCGACUUGCUCGAAACGGGGUACGACAUUUUGUUCUUUUGGGUCGUGCGCAUGGUGUUCAUGGGCCAAAAGCUCACGGGGAAGCUUCCGUUCCACACGGUGUACUUGCACUCGAUCGUGCGCGACAAGUACGGCCGCAAGAUGUCCAAGUCGCUCGGCAACGUCGUCGACCCUCUCGAAGUUAUUCGCGGGUGCUCGCUCGAGACGCUCUUGGAAAAGCUCGACAGCGGAAACCUCCCCGAGAAGGAAGUGGAAAAGGCCAAGAAGGGCCAGACCGCCGACUUCCCCAACGGCAUUCCCGAGUGCGGCGCCGACGCCCUCCGUUUUGGCCUUCUCGCGUACCAACAGCAAGUGGGCGACAUCAACUUGGAUAUCCAACGCCUCGUCGGGUACCGCAACUUUUGCAACAAGCUCUGGAACGCCACGCGCUUCGCCAUGUCCCAUCUCGAGUCGGACGACGCGGCGAGCCGUUUCCACGACGGCAUUGCGGCCACCGUGCUGUCGAACCCCGUUGUGAAUGCGCGUGAUCGGUUCAUCUUGAGCCGUCUCCAUGCGACGAUUGCGACCGCCAACGCCGCCCUCGCCAGCUACUCGUUUGGUGAACUCACCACGGCACUGUACAACUUUUGGCUGUACGACGUGUGCGACGUCUACUUGGAAUUGGUCAAGCCCGUCAUGUCGGGGUCGGACGUCGAGGCCAAGAAGACGGCACAGCAAACGCUCUACUUGUGUCUCGAAAUGGGGUUGCGCCUGCUGCAUCCCAUCAUGCCCUUUGUCACAGAAGAGUUGUGGCAGCGCCUCCCUGGCUCCCGCGCCCACAGGAGUAUUGUGAUUGCUGCAUACCCCGAAGCGCACCACCACGCGGCGUGGGCCAACGCAGAAGCCGAAGCCAGCAUGGAGCAAAUCAAAGAAAUCAUCCACGCCGGUCGCUCGCUGCGUGCCGAGUACGGUCUUGCCAACAGUGCCCGUCCUACGUGCUUCCUUACAACGGACGACGCGGCGCUCCAACGUGUGGUGGAAGGCCAAGUCGAGGACUUUUGCACGUUGAGCAAGGCCGGGGAAACCAAGGUGCUGCUCAACGCGGCGCCGCCUGCUGGGUGCGCUAUCCACGUGCUCAACGACAAGCUGCAGCUGCACAUUUUGCUGAGUGGGCUCGUCGACUUUGCCAACGAAAUCUCGAAAUUGGACAAGAAGCUGCAGAAGCUCCUGCCGUCGUUGACCGCGCUCGAGAAGAAGCGCGCCAAGGACGACUACACGACAAAGGUGCCGGAAGCCGUGCGCGAAGCCGACGACGCCAAGUGGGACGCGCUGACCAAGGAGAAGAACGCCAUCACGUCCGCCAUCGCUGCCUUCACCAAGUGCCAAGAAGCCGACAUGAAAGCGUAAUCCCCGUUGAAUUUCAAGGGUUAAUCCACAAUGGCAUUUGAAUGUGUGACCCGCAUCGUCUUGUACGUUUACACCGCGUUUGCCC